CCGCCCCCUAUUCUCCCCAUUCCUCCUGGCUUGUAUUCAAAUUUGGGUCAGGGGUGAGAGACCAACGUCACAGGCUUGCAAGAUGGCGCACGGACGGCUGUGAGAUACCAGUAAACCGGGCUGGUUAAACCAGAAAGGCUCCUGCCAAUGCAAUAAGGUUGUACUUUUCAGGGAAGAGAAGGCGAGAUGGAAUUACCAAAUCACGCUAGACAGCUGCUGCUCCAGCUGAAUCAGCAGAGGGCCAAGGGCUUCCUGUGCGACGUCAUCAUCGUGGUGGAGAACGCCCUCUUCAGGGCGCACAAGAACGUCCUGGCCGCCAGCAGCAUGUACUUCAAGUCGCUUAUGCUUCACGACAACCUGGUGAAUCUGGACAUGGACAUGGUGAGCCCGUCGGUCUUCCGGCAAGUGCUGGACUUCAUCUAUACGGGCAAGUUGCCGUCCACAGACCAGGCCUCCCAGCAGAAGUUCACCGCCCUUCUGACGGCUGCGAGCUACCUCCAGCUGCAUGAUCUGGCGGCCCUCUGCAGGAAACGGCUUAAAGGCUGCAGCAAGCCCCUCCCUGUGAAGCCGGGCAUGGUGCGGGGGCAGCGCAAGCAGAAACUCUCCUCUGCCAAGCCCGCCUCUCUCCGCCGUUCGGUUUCUGAGGAUAAGCAGCUGCACCAGGACAAGCCACAAGACGAGAAAGUGUCAGGUGAUGAGGUUUACGUGGGUGGGUCCCCAGGGGCCACAUCAGGCAGUAAGACGGGCAGCAGUGGCGAAGUCGGCGGCAGGGAUGAGGAGGAGGAGGAGGAUGGUCAGGAGGUGGGGCUGGACCUGUCCAAAAAGAGUCCUUCAGAGAGCUCGGUUACGGAGGAGGUCAGCCCCCCAAGCCUCAGGGACGAGUCGCCCCCAUCCGAAUCUCCGUUAGCUGCCAACAGCACCACAUCUGAGGAGCCUGGUCAUCCCCAAGACCUGGAGGAUGGCGAGCCCAUGGAGCUGGGGGAACGGACGCUUGAGAAGAGCCCGGUUCUACCAGAUGGAGACCCACCACGUCCCAGGAUCCGCCAGUCUGCCCGCAAGAAGGAGUGGCCUAAGAGGGAAGGGGGCGGGGCCAAUGCCACAGAGAAGCCAACAGCGGCCAACUUGAGGUCAAUGGUCACCGGCGAUCAGCCAUCCAAUGGAAAUAGCUUUAGUUCGGAUCACGCUUUCGGGAGCGCCGAGGAGGGGGAAAACGGGAAGGAUCACAGCGAUGAAAGUGAGGGUGAGAGUCCCGGUACCAAUUACGUGUACCGUCAGGAGGGCUUUGAGGUUGCCGUGGGCGACAACCUAUACGUCUGCAUUCCUUGUGGCAAGGGUUUCCCCAGCUCAGAGCGGCUCAACGCCCAUGUGGAGACGCACACCGAGGAGGAGCUGUGCAUCAAGGAGGAGGCCGAGGACCUAUCGGCAAGGGUGGCCCCACCCCCUGGCACCGAGCCCCGCCCCUUCGAGUGCUCGGUGUGCAGCAAGAGCUACAAAGACCCAGCAGCCUUGCGGCAACACGAGAAGGGUCACUGGCUCCCGCGGCCCUUCCCCUGCCACAUAUGCGGCAAGAUGUUUACGCAGCGUGGCACCAUGACGCGCCACAUGCGCAGCCACCUGGGCCUGAAGCCGUUCGCCUGCGAGGAAUGCGGCAUGCGCUUCACCCGCCAGUACCGCCUGACGGAGCACAUGCGCGUGCACUCGGGCGAGAAGCCGUACGAGUGCCAGCUCUGCGGGGGCAAGUUCACGCAGCAGCGCAACCUCAUCAGCCACCUGCGCAUGCACACCACCCCGGCAUGAGGCAGAGACCCAGAGAGCCCCCUGCCUGCCCGCCCAGCAGUGCUGCCCCCUCACCUGGGUGAGGUGGGUACCUGCCUGCUGGUGGUCAUCCUCCAUUUGGGGCAUGGACACUUUAUACCAGCGUUCCCGACCUGCGCCGGGGCCCCCGCCCUCCGGGGUGGUGCUCCUUUCCGUCGGGUUUUGUCUUCCUUGCGACGGCUCUGCUGAUUUACCCUCGGCCGCAUCGCCAUUGCAUACUUAACCCCGUAGGGCCUGAUAGCCUCACUCUUCUCAUUUUAGUACCUCAAACACAACCGGCCCCAAAGCUCCUGACCCCCCCCCCCAAAUCUGUGGGCUUACAAAAAAAAUCCCAGAAAGGCGGGUGGGGGGGGGGGAGCUUUUUUUAUUAUUAAUGUUCAUUUCUAGCCUCUAGGGAUGCACCCUAUUCUGAAAACCUUUACAUGGUACUUUGUC